UCCAAAUAUUUCGAUUAAAAAACAAACAAACAAGCAAUCACUUACCAGUAAAAGUAUAAUAAACUGACAAACUACUGAAAAAAAGAAAAAAAGCUUUAUGGUAGCCUUGAUUUAAAAAGAAAAAUUUAUUUCUUCUAAAGUAUAUUAAUGAAUCAUAGUUUAUAUCAAAAAUAAUAACCACAUAUUUCAUGUAUCAUUGUGUUUCUCAAUUAAUUUACAAACAUAGAGUUGUCAGUUCUAUCAAAUGAAAUGCGCUUACUUGGAUUGAUACAAAUCAAAAUUUAUUUGACAGUAUAAACUGGUAGGAAAACAAAGAAAACAUUGUGUAUCGUCAAUAUUAUCAAACGUUCUCCUGUCCAAAGAGUAAUCACAACUAGUUAACAUGCCUUAUAAACUAAACAGUAUCGUUGCUUCCAUUCUAUCAGUACUAUUAAUUCCAAUCAAUACUGCAUACCAACAAUUAAGUGAUACAUCAAUCGUUAGUGAAAUUCAGCCGAAAGAUUUUACUAUUAAAACAGUAACAAGUGUACCAUUAUUACGUCUAGUUGACUAUCUAUCAAAUCAAACACAAACCAAAGAAAUGAAAGUCAGAAACUUCUCAAUAUCAUCAGAUUCUUUAUACACUCAUAUAUAUUUUGCUUGGAAAGAAGCUAAUCAAUAUAUGUCUCCUAUUGCUUUGAGAAAUAACGGUAAAAUUGAUGAGAUUGUUGGUGCUAAUCUUGUUCUACCUGUUAAUAUUUUAAAAGAUAUGUAUGCACCUGGAUUAAUAGCAGAUAUAUUAGAUUUUGCAAUUAAUUGUUAUACAUGGGCUAAACCAAUAGGCAAUCAGAAAUCUUUCUCUAGUCCUACAGGAUACAUUUCUAUUUUAAGAGGAGCUGACAACGCAAAAAUUAAUCAAGAAUUAAUUAAAGAAACUACAAAAUAUUUUUUAAUUUCUUCUCAAACUGAUGCAUAUCAUUUUGUUUGGGAAAAUUCUUCACCAGAACAAGCAAAAUUCAUGGCAUCUUUAAAGUAUACUCAAAUUAUUUGCGGUGAUAAACAAACUAAAACAAACCCAUGUAACUGGGAGCAACUUGGUAUGGAUAAAUCAUUUGCUAAACAACAAUGUCUUUAUAGAACAAUUAACAGUGAUUGAUAGAAAUAAUAAAUAAUUAAGUUUAUCAUUUCUUUAGUUUAUAUUUGUAUAUGCAGUUGUUCUGCUAUCUAUUUAAAACAUUUACACCGUUUCAUUUAGCUUUACUGACCAAUUUCAAUAAUGACCAUUUCUGUUGUGUUUUUAUUUGAUUAAAACAAAAUACAAAAAUAUGCAUUAGUGAAA